UCUGAUGGUAAUGAAAUACCUUUAAGUGCUUAAAAACAGUAAAGUGUUCCAUGCUGUCAAUAUAAAGUGUUUCUGUAGGAGUUAGACUUUCAUCAGACACUCAAGUAAACAACCGUUUAACAGUGGACUGAAUGAAUCUAUUUUCUACUCACUGACAGAAUAAAAGAUCUCCAUAUCCGUUUAAGACCGCUGUGAGGGUUAUUAAAAUGUACAAAUGUUUAACGAGCUGUUACAUGAUUUUUUGAACUCCACAGACCCCUGUAUUAUCUGAACAAAACUGCUAUUAUGGAAUGGACAAUAGAAAGAACAUGUCAUCAUUCAUCAUCUAAUUGAGUCAAACACUCUCUACAUGCUGUAAUAAACAGUGUGUACUACAUACAGAAAUAUGACUGCUGAAUGUAAAAACUAAGCAUAUCCAAAAUUACAUUGAAUACAGAGAAAAACCUUGGGUGAGAAGAUGGACAUCUGUCGAAAACAUGUUUCCUGUGGAAAAGCUGUCAAGGUCACAUUCAGACAGGUCUUUUGGAGCUGAUUGGUCAAUAGCUGCCCACUUGGGGAUGAAUCAGUGGGCUGACAGUCCCAUAAAUACUGCACAGGAGCGAGACCUUCAACAAACAGUUGCUCUGGAUGAUGACAAGAUUGUUGGUGGAUAUGAGUGCACACCCUACUCCCAGCCCUGGCAGGCGUCUCUGAACUCUGGCUACCACUUCUGCGGUGGCUCUCUGGUCAGCGAGUACUGGGUUGUGUCUGCUGCUCACUGCUACAUGUCACGUCUAGAGGUUCGUUUGGGUGAGCACAACAUCGUAGUUAAUGAGGGAUCUGAGCAGUUCAUCUCCUCAGAGAAGGUCAUCCGCCACCCCAGUUUUGACUACUGGACCCUUGACAACGACAUCAUGCUGAUCAAGCUUAGCAAGCCCGCCACUCUCAAUCAGUACGUGCAGACUGUGGCUCUGCCCAAUGGCUGUGCUGCCGAUGGCACCAUGUGCAGAGUCACUGGCUGGGGAAACACCAUGAGUUCCACUGCCGAUUCCAACAAGCUUCAGUGUCUGGAGAUCCCCAUCCUGUCCAACCGCGACUGCAACAACUCCUACCCUGGUAUGAUCACCGAUACCAUGUUCUGCGCUGGAUACCUGGAGGGAGGAAAGGACUCUUGCCAGGGUGACUCUGGUGGUCCUGUGGUGUGCAACGGUCAGCUGCAGGGUAUUGUGUCCUGGGGUUAUGGCUGUGCUGAGAAGAAUCAUCCUGGUGUCUAUGGCAAGGUCUGCAUGUUCAGCCAAUGGAUCGCCGACACCAUGAGAAACAACUAAAGCUGAUACAAAAUCACAUACUGCCUCCAAAUCUGCAAUCCAUCAGUUUUUAUUUGUUUUGUAGAUAAAAACCUGUG